AUCCUGACUGGGCGUCCUACACCCUGGGUGUGUUCAUCUGUCUGAGCUGCUCUGGGAUCCACCGGAACAUCCCCCAGGUCAGCAAGGUGAAGUCAGUCCGUCUGGAUGCCUGGGAUGAGGCCCAAGUUGAGUUCAUGGCAUCUCACGGGAACGAGGCCGCCAGAGCCACAUUCGAGUCCAAAGUCCCGCCCUUCUACUACCGUCCCACGUUCUCCGACUGCCCACUCCUACGUGAGCAGUGGAUCCGUGCCAAGUAUGAGAGGCAAGAAUUCCUUCAUGUGGAGAAGCAGGAACCAUAUUCUGCAGGAUACCGUGAGGGCCUUCUCUGGAAGCGUGGCCGGGACAACGGACAGUUCUUAAGCCGGAAGUUCGUGCUGACGGAACGAGAGGGUGCCCUGAAAUACUUCAACAAAAACGACGCCAAGGAGCCCAAGGCUGUCAUGAAGAUUGAGCACCUGAACGCUACCUUCCAGCCGGGCAAGAUCGGCCACCCCCACGGCCUGCAGGUCACCUACCUGAAGGACAACAGCACUCGCAACAUCUUUAUCUACCAUGAAGAUGGCAAGGAGAUCGUGGACUGGUUCAACGCCCUGCGAGCAGCCCGCUUCCACUACCUGCAGGUGGCUUUUCCCGGAGCCAGCGAUGCAGAUGUGAGUGACUGCCCCAGAGCCACCUGCUGGGUGAGGGAGUGGGGAGGUAGCCAUUGGGUUGGGUUGCUUGGGUCCUUUUCCAGGUACGUCCCAAGCAUCCUGGGGCUGGCCACGCUGUCCUGUGGCCUUGAGCUUCGGGGUGGUCCUUGGGUCCCCUUGUCUGUGUUCUGGUGCUGGGAUGAGGACCCAGGAUCCAGACUAGUGACUUGGUUGCAGGGAUUCGGGCUUAGGUCAGCCUCAGUAAGGACUGUCACAUCUGCUCUGCAAACAUGUAGGUGGAGUACAUUCAAGAUCCGGACCCCAAGCUGGGUCUCGGGCAUGACCAGGGCCCCUCAUGCACUGGCUGGCCAGUGGUGUCCCGUGAGGCCCCGCCCUCUGGGUGUUGAGGGGUGGUCGGCUGGGGUAGAGGUACACCUUGGGCCUGCUGACUGCUCCCCACCCUCCCCUACCCACCCACAGCAGACAGAAGGCUUCAGGAAGCGCUGGUUUACCAUGGAUGACCGGAGACUCAUGUACUUCAAAGACCCCCUGGAUGCCUUUGCCCGAGGGGAAGUCUUCAUUGGCAGUAAGGAAAGUGGUUACACAGUGCUGGAGGGGCUCCCACCAUCUACCCAGGGCCACCACUGGCCCCACGGCAUCACCAUUGUCACCCCCGACCGCAAAUUCCUGUUCACCUGUGAGACGGAGGCAGACCAGCGGGAGUGGAUCGCAGCCUUCCAGAAGGUGGUGGACAGGCCCAUGCUGCCUCAGGAGUACGCAGUGGAAGCCCACUUCAAGCAUAAACCCUAAGGAAGAGAGUCCGGAGGCCCCAGGAUUCUGCAUUCACGCGGCUGGACAGGCGGCACUGGACAGUGGGGGAGCCCAGCCUCCUGGCCCACACCCUGCUCCUUGGUGCAGCCCAGGCAUGGCCAGGUGGGGCUCAGGCAAGCCCGUUGGACAGGCAUUUCUUCCGAACCUCAGUCAAGUUGAAGGCAGACUUGACUCUGGGCCUCACCUGCCCCUGGCCCUGCCAUGCUGCUCCUAGCCACGCCCAGCUGACCCACCCCCUUCCUGCUGCUGGAAGCCCCGCCUCCCUACUUGAGCAGGCCCCUACUAACUCUCCUGGCCUGCGGGGAUCUUGGCCUCAGGGCAGGACUUGGUGCUGGGCUGCUGUGGACAGCCGUGGACAGCUGUGGCAGCGGGCUGGCCUGGCUGCUGGGGACUCACUCUGGGACAUGCCGCAUGCCUCCCCUUCCCUCCCCCACCUCAACAAGUAUUUAUUGAGCACUGCUGUGUGUCAGUCAGGGAUCAAAGGUCAGGGGUCAGCUCUCCUUCCCCUACGACUGACCCAGCUAGGGCACUGGGGGUGUUUUGCCUGGGAGUAGUCCCCCCCCCCAAGAGAACUGUGUGCACAGGCCCGGGGCCCACCUGCUCGGAGCGCCCAGUGCCCUUGGCCAGCUGGCUGGAGCAGCCCGGAGGGAGCCUGCAGGGUGCUGUGCAUGGAGCCCAGCAGCGGCUUCCUUGGGAGCCAGGGAGGUCCCCAUCUGCUUUGGGCGUCAGUGCCCAGUUCGGUGCUGUCCCCGCUCUGUAACCUGUGCCCCGGCCCUCGAAUGACGACCCACCCCAAGAGGUGGCCACGGGCAGGAGCGGCUGCCCCCAGCCCUGAUCGCUGCUGGCAGGCCAGUAGUUAAAACCACCUGUAUUUAUUGCCCUCGCUGCCCUCUGGCCACCCCAUCAGCCGGGCUCCCUUCUAUGGGGCCCCCAAAGGGCAGGUCCUGGCCGCUGGACAGCUGGGGAGCAUUAGAGGGGGAUACAUCUGUGAGCGAUCUGGUCCUCGUCAAAGCUGCGCCCCAGGGAGCUGGGGGAGGGGUCCUUAGUGGGGCUGCUGCUGCCCUGUGUCGUGUCCCCUGGAAUAAAGUGUGGCUCUGGCGUGGUC